GUGUGUGAACCUGUGUCUGCCUGAUGCGACAAGAUGAUAGAGUCAUAUUUUUGUUUGACUUUUUUUCCCUUCUGCAAUUUGGAUUAUUUGAUUAUUUUGCCACAAUUUCCAAGAACCAUUCAGAGAAGUGCCACUCAGAUAACACUGAAGAUCUGUGUGACUAUGGCCAUGCGUCUGCUGCUCGUCUUCCUCCUGUCCGCUCUGCUCCCUUUCUCUCUCUCCCAAGGACGGGACCCUUUAGCCUGGCUGUACACCCGCCAAAGCCCAGGAUACUAUUAUGGCUCGAUUCAGGCUCUUAGAGCAGGAGGAGGAGACUGUCCUGAAGAAUGCGACUGCCCCCCUACUUUCCCCGUUGCCAUGUACUGUGAUGGGCGGGGUCUGACAGCCAUGCCAACCAUUCCCUCCCGCAUCAAGUACUUGUACCUCCAAAACAAUGCCAUCACAGCUGUGCCUGACUCAGCUAUGGUCAAUGCAACCAAUUUGGUGUGGCUCAUGAUGCAUCACAACCAGCUGAGAUCUGAUGCCAUUGGCUCAGAGGUAUUUCUGAAGUUAGAAGGACUGGAGCGUUUAUAUCUGCAACACAACAAUUUGACCAGCAUUCCUCCAAACCUUCCUCGCUCCCUGCGAGACCUCAGGAUCAACCAUAACCACAUUGAAAAGGUAACGCCUGCAGACCUGGAGGGAAUGGAUAACCUCACUAUCCUGUAUCUCCACGAUAAUGCUGUCUCAGACAUGGGUGCAUCACUGAAAGCGCUGAAGUCCCUCACACUGCUCGACAUCAGCGGCAACAAGUUGACAAAGGUCCCAGAUGCUCUUCCUGAACAUCUGCACCAGCUCUACCUGGAGUCCAAUUCCAUCGACUCUCUACCUGAAGGCUUCCUAGGUGGCUUCACUCAGCUGCAGUAUGUCAGGAUGGCUCGUAACCAGCUCACAGAUAAGGGCAUUCCAGCGAACACUUUUAAUGUGACGGGGCUGGUGGAACUGGACCUGAGCUUCAACAAACUGGAGAGAAUCCCCAUUGUCAGCACCACACUGCAGCAUCUUUAUCUGCAGGCCAAUCAGAUCAAAGAGUUCACUCUGGGUAGUUUUUGUUCUAUUGUGGAUGUGACAAACUUUUCCAAACUGCAAUCUCUGCGGCUGGACGGGAACGAGAUCAACCGUCAGGACAUCCCCUCAGACUCGGCCCUCUGCCUGCGCCAGGCCUCCAGCAUCGAGGUCUAACGGUGGCACCUUCAAACACAACUUAGUUUACAACGUGUACCUGCGGCGUGACAUAUUUUUAUGACUUGUGCCGAAAAGGAAUCACAUCAGAGGCCGUAAUGCUAUUACUUGAGGUUGGCUGCAGGUGGCAGCAGUUCUUAUUGUAACACCCACUAAUAACACAACAAUGAGAGAUGAGAGCUUCAGACGUGAAGAAGCUUUUAAAGGCAUUUCAGCUUCACAAAUAAGCUCUCAAAUUAGAUUACUCUGUUUGAUUCAUCUGACUAAAUUCAAAUCAAGGAGCCUUUAUCCACAAAAACAGUGCAAAAGCCCAGCAAGAUAUAUGAGCCACACGUUCUUGGACCCUGAUCCCACCUAUAUUUUGCUGUGAGGAUCAAUGAUCUUUAUAAUUAGGUUUUCUUCUCUUUUUCUCUCUCCCUGCUUUUCAUUGUCUUGUCUGAUAAUAAACAUUUUGUAUUAUAUGUAAUGUGAAUUGUAUGAUUUCAACGUCAUUAGCUGUCAUAAAAUAUUAUAAGACUUUAUUGUCUACUGCAUGAAAAUAUGUUUACUGCAGCUGAAUACAUUAUUUUGUCUCUGUGAUAACAAAUGCUGUGACUUCUUGAUCCUCUUUUUGCACAGUGAAAUCCACUUUCCUUAGAGACGUAGAAAACAUCUAUGUUCCACAUGAAGAAGUAUCUCCAUACUGUACUGUAGUGAGUUAGUCAAGACAGAGGAGAGGACGUAUAAAUUAUGAUUCUUGAGUUGCUGUACGCGUUGCAUGGAUUGAUUGUUAUUCUGAUGAAGGGUUUUUGUUUUGGAGCCCAUUGCAGAAUAAAUAAAAGUUGGGAUUUUUAAAUAAAAAGA